GACUACCUUGAGCUUUCUUCUUUACAUAGAUUGAGUGCAUGCUUUUGGAUGUGGAGCUGGCCUCCUGCGUGUCCAGAUGGCUGAAGAGGCCGAGGUCGAGCAGACACCGCAACCCUUCGAAGGAGAAAGGAUCAUCCCAAAACCUGUGAAGGAUGGCGACUGGCUCAAGGGUGAUCUGGCGAAGAUUCACAAGGACUUCUACCUGAACCAUCCGGAUUUGUCCCUGCAGUGCGAGCGCUUUUGCUGGGGGAACUUGGAAGCGGCCCAUCCGGUCCUGGGACAGAGGUCUCAGGAGGAGGCGGAGGAAUAUCGGAAGGCGAAUGGCAUCGUGGUGCAAGUGGUGCGAGGGAGACCUGCGCCGAAGCCUUUCCAGACCUUCCAAGAGACCGCCUUCCCCAGUUUCGUGGAGGAGUUGGCGAUGGAACUCUUCAGCGCCGAAUCGCAAGGAGCUUUGCCUUUCGCGGUGCAAGCGCAAGCCUGGCCCUGCGCCCUCUCUGGCAUGGACUUGAUUGCGGUGGCGCCGACCGGGAGUGGCAAGACGUUGGCGUUUUUGUUGCCGGCCUUGGUGCACAUCAUGGCCCAGCCCCACGUUCAAGAAGGAGAAGGACCCAUUGUGCUGAUCCUGGAGCCCACGCGUGAGCUGGCGGUGCAAACCUACAAGGUGGCCCAGCAGUUCUGCACGCGCACCUCCGGCGAGGACCUGAUCCGCGCAGGGCUCUGCUUCGGCGGCGUGGCGGCGCAGCAGCAGACGCCGCUGGUCGAGGCGCCGGACUUCGGGCGGUGGCCCGAGAUCCUGGUGGCUACGCCGGGGAGGCUCUUGGAAUUGAUCAGCGUGAAGAAAUGGAUCAGCGCCAAGCGGAUGAGCUACGUGGUUCUGGAUGAGGCGGAUCACAUGCUCUUGACGGGCAAUUGGCUCGUCCACAUCAAGCAGCUGCUGUAUCUCAUGCGCCCCGACCGGCAGCUCUUGCUCCUCAGCGCCACCUGGCCUUUGGACGCCGACCGCGUGGCCUCCGACCUGUGUGGAGAGGAGUUGAUCAAGAUCCGGGUGAACCCUGUGGUGCCCAACAUCCCCCAAGAAGUGAAGCUCUUCCCUGGCCAGUUCGAUGGCGGCUACAACAAGAAGAUGGCAGAGCUGGUGCGCUGGAUCCAGGAGGAGAUGGAGCCGAGUGAGUCGCUCUUGGUCUUCUGCCACCACUACCGCUUGCCGCCCCAGAUCGCCCAUCACCCGCCGGUCUUAGAGGCGCUGAGCAAGCACGUGCCAAACUCACACUGGCACGAUCGAGUGGCGGUGCUGGACCAUGCGCAGAAGCACGAGGAGCAGCAGGCGCAGUACAUGAACUUCUUGCAGGGCAAGGUCAAGAUGUUGAUCUCGACCUUCUCCUUGGCCGGCCGAGGCUUGGACUUCCAUGAUCCAGACUCCAUGCCCCUCUCUCUGGCGGUGAUCCUCUUCGACUUCCCCAGCAGCAUCGGAGAAUAUGCCAACUGCAUCGGCCGCACGAGCCGCCCUGGGCAGCGGGGCGGCCGGGUCUAUGCCUUUUUGCCCGAGGGGCGGUUCUGGAUUGCAGGUGAAUUAAUUGCUUUGCUGGAGCAUUGUGGACAGAAGGUUCCAGAUGCUUUGGCUGAGCAACAUGCACAAGAUCAGAAGUUUUUGUCAGAUGUGAAAGCAGGAAUGCUGCAGCUCCUCAAUCAAGGAUCUCUGCAAUCGGACUCCCUCUGUGCUGGUGAAUACGAUGCGGAGCAGAAGGUCUGGACUCUGCCCAGCAGCAUCCCCUCAUAUCGCCGGAAGCUGGUGCACUUACUUGCGGAUGAGCUGAACUUGCCCCACGUGUCCUACGGGGAAUCCUCCGAUCGGAGGCUCUACUUGUCGCACGACCGAGAUGCGCUCCCAGAUAAGUACUUCGUCGAGGGCGAAGCGGUGGUGAUCCGGCACCACGUGCACCCGGAGCAACGCGGCACCGUGGCGAAUGCUCACAUCAACCGGCGCUUCCGGACCAUCGAAAUCCGCGUGAACAACCCGACCUUUGGCGACAUGCCGGUCGACGUCCCCGUAGAGAUGGUCUGGCGUGAGGGCCAGGAGCCGUCGCCCUUCCCAGCGCGGCCCACGCGUGAGAACGUGCGGCGCUAUGCGGACUACCGGGAGCACCGCCCGGAUUACCGAUCCGACUACCGGUCAAACUCGAACUACAAGAGGUCGUGGAAGAGUCCAGGCUAUGGCAGCAGUUAUGGCAACUACAGCGGCUAUUGAAAGAAAAAAAGGCAGAAGAUUUGCUCGUUGGAAGGGCCUUUUGGUAUUUUUUUUCCAGUUGGCAGAAGUGCCAGGUUUGAUCAGGGCGUCCUUCAGUAGUGGAGGUUGGCAGUCUAGCAGUUUCUUGG